GAUUUGAUGUAUCAUUGAAAUUUGCAAAUGGCUACCGUACUCAUCAGUUCUAAUAUUUUCCAAUCGAUAUGAAACUGUACCUGCAUUGAAUUUUUAUUUUGUAAAAUGUUGGCACAUUCUCAGUUAGUGGUUUUGCAACAAACUUAUAACUGAAACAGUAAAACAAAGUUUGUGUUUUCUGGUUAUAGAAGGCGUGCAGCAAUGUCGCUGCCGCCGUACUUGCUGGGGCCCAACCCCUGGGCCACCAUGAUGGCGCAGCAGCAGCUUGCUGCGGCUCAACAGGCAGCUUUGCAAGCGCACGCUGCCGCCGCUGCCGCUGCGCCUCCGGUACCACCCUCACAACCGCCCAAGCCACAUCAUAUACCUGAAGAAAAAAUCAAAGAAAAAGCUCAAAAAUGGCUGCAACUACAGUCAAAGCGUUUCUCAGAGAAACGCAAAUUUGGCUUUGUGGAUGCACAGAAAGAAGAUAUGCCUCCAGAACACAUCAGAAAAAUUAUCAGAGACCAUGGUGACAUGACCAGUCGCAAGUACCGUCAUGACAAACGUGUUUACUUAGGAGCAUUAAAAUACAUGCCACACGCAGUCAUGAAACUGCUUGAAAACAUGCCAAUGCCAUGGGAACAGAUCCGAGAUGUUAAAGUGCUCUAUCACAUUACUGGUGCUAUCACAUUUGUGAAUGAAAUUCCAUGGGUUAUUGAGCCAGUGUACAUUGCACAAUGGGGUACCAUGUGGAUUAUGAUGAGGAGAGAGAAGAGAGAUCGUAGGCACUUCAAGCGCAUGAGAUUUCCUCCAUUUGAUGAUGAGGAGCCUCCAUUAGACUAUGCAGACAAUAUCUUAGAUGUUGAACCAUUAGAGCCUAUUCAAAUAGAAUUGGAUGCGGAAGAAGAUGGAGCUGUUGCUUCUUGGUUCUAUGACCACAAGCCAUUAGUGAACACUAAACAUGUGAAUGGUUCAACAUACCGCCGUUGGAAUUUGACACUGCCACAGAUGGCAACAUUAUAUCGCCUUGCAAAUCAGCUGCUUACUGACUUAGUUGAUGACAAUUACUUUUACCUCUUUGAUUCCAAGAGCUUCUUCACAGCCAAAGCUCUGAACAUGGCAAUUCCUGGUGGACCUAAAUUUGAGCCAUUGGUGAAAGAUAAUUCUGCAGGCGAUGAAGACUGGAAUGAGUUCAAUGACAUCAACAAGAUUAUCAUCCGUCAGCCAAUCAGGACUGAGUACAGAAUUGCAUUUCCUUACUUAUACAAUAACUUGCCACAUUUCGUCCAGUUGUCUUGGUAUCAUACUCCAAAUGUGGUGUAUAUAAAAACAGAAGAUCCAGAUCUGCCAGCCUUCUACUUUGAUCCUCUUAUUAAUCCAAUAUCUCAUAGGCACUCAGUGAAAUCUUUAGACCCAGUACCUGAGGAGGAUGAGUUUGUCCUACCAGAGGAAAUAUCUCCAUUCCUUCAGGAGACUGCUCUGUACACAGAUAACACAGCUAAUGGCAUCUCCCUGCUGUGGGCUCCUAGGCCUUUUAACACUAGAUCAGGUCGCACGCGACGCGCUAUCGACGUGCCUCUGGUGAAGACGUGGUACAAGGAACAUUGUCCGCCAGGACAGCCUGUUAAAGUCAGGGUCUCCUACCAGAAACUCCUCAAGUACUAUGUACUUAAUGCUCUGAAGCAUAGACCUCCAAAGCCACAGAAGAAGAGGUACCUCUUCCGCUCUUUCAAAUCAACCAAGUUCUUCCAAACCACAACCCUGGACUGGGUGGAAGCUGGUUUGCAAGUCUGCCGGCAGGGUUACAACAUGUUGAACUUGCUCAUCCACAGAAAGAACUUGAAUUACCUCCAUCUGGAUUACAACUUCAACUUGAAGCCCGUCAAGACUCUUACUACCAAGGAAAGGAAGAAGUCUCGGUUUGGAAAUGCAUUCCACUUAUGUCGUGAGAUCCUCCGACUCACAAAGCUGAUCGUGGACUCCCACGUACAGUACCGGCUCAACAAUGUGGACUCCUUCCAACUGGCGGAUGGGCUGCAGUAUAUCUUCGCGCACGUGGGCCAGCUCACCGGCAUGUACCGGUACAAGUACAAGCUCAUGAGGCAGAUCAGGAUGUGCAAGGACUUGAAGCAUCUCAUCUAUUAUAGAUUUAAUACGGGCCCAGUAUCGAAAGGCCCCGGGUGCGGAUUCUGGGCCCCGGGCUGGCGAGUGUGGCUGUUCUUCAUGCGAGGCAUCACGCCGCUGCUGGAGCGCUGGCUCGGGAACUUGCUUUCUAGGCAGUUUGAGGGACGUCACUCUAAAGGUGUGGCCAAAACGGUGACGAAGCAACGCGUGGAGUCCCACUUCGACUUGGAGCUGCGCGCGUCAGUGAUGCACGACAUCGUGGACAUGAUGCCGGAAGGCAUCAAACAGAACAAGGCCAGGACUAUACUGCAGCAUCUGUCGGAGGCCUGGCGCUGCUGGAAAGCCAAUAUACCGUGGAAGGUGCCGGGUCUGCCGACCCCGAUCGAGAACAUGAUUCUGCGCUAUGUGAAGAUGAAGGCGGACUGGUGGACCAACACGGCGCACUAUAACCGCGAGAGGAUCCGCCGCGGCGCCACAGUCGACAAGACCGUGUGCAAGAAGAACCUCGGCCGCCUCACCAGGCUCUACUUGAAGGCCGAGCAGGAGCGUCAACACAACUAUCUCAAGGACGGGCCAUACAUAUCUCCCGAGGAAGCCGUGGCUAUAUAUACGACCACAGUCCACUGGCUGGAGUCCCGUCGUUUCGCACCCAUUCCAUUCCCUCCGUUGUCAUACAAACAUGAUACAAAACUGCUAAUUUUAGCCCUUGAAAGACUGAAAGAGGCCUACAGCGUGAAGUCCAGACUAAAUCAGAGCCAAAGGGAGGAACUGGGGCUUAUAGAACAGGCUUAUGAUAACCCCCAUGAAGCCCUGUCGAGAAUCAAGCGUCAUUUGCUGACGCAGAGAACUUUCAGAGAGGUCGGCAUAGAGUUCAUGGACCUGUAUUCCCACCUGGUUCCCGUGUACGACGUGGAGCCGCUCGAGAAGAUAACAGACGCGUACCUCGACCAGUACUUGUGGUACGAAGCGGACAAACGGCGCUUGUUGCCGCCGUGGGUCAAGCCCGCCGAUACGGAGCCGUCGCCGUUGCUUGUGUACAAGUGGUGCCAGGGUAUUAACAACCUCCAAGACGUGUGGGAAGUCGGUGAGGGUGAGUGCAACGUGCUGCUAGAGUCGCGCUUCGAGAAGCUGUAUGAGAAGAUAGAUCUGACUCUGCUCAACAGACUGCUGCGUUUGAUCGUCGACCACAACAUAGCUGACUACAUGACGGCUAAGAAUAACGUCGUUAUCAAUUACAAGGAUAUGAACCACACAAACUCGUACGGCAUCAUCCGCGGCCUGCAAUUUGCGUCGUUCAUCGUGCAGUACUAUGGGCUGGUGCUGGACCUGUUGGUGCUGGGCCUGCAGCGUGCGAGCGAGAUGGCAGGCCCCCCGCAGCUGCCCAACGACUUCCUGUCGUACCAGGACCGCCAGACAGAGACCGCGCACCCUAUCAGACUCUACUGCCGAUAUGUCGACAGGAUUCAUAUAUUCUUUAGGUUCACAGCCGAAGAAGCCCGCGAUCUCAUCCAGCGCUACCUUACGGAGCACCCCGACCCUAACAAUGAGAACAUCGUCGGUUACAACAACAAGAAGUGCUGGCCUAGAGACGCGCGCAUGCGACUCAUGAAACACGACGUCAACCUGGGUCGUGCAGUAUUCUGGGAUAUCAAGAAUCGACUGCCACGUUCGGUAACCACCAUACAAUGGGAGAAUAGUUUCGUGUCUGUGUACUCCAAAGACAACCCUAAUCUGCUGUUCAACAUGGCCGGUUUUGAGUGCAGGAUUCUACCCAAAUGUCGAAGCCAACACGAAGAGCUAUCCCAUCGCGAUGGAGUGUGGAACCUUCAGAACGAAGUGACCAAGGAGAGAACGGCGCAGUGCUACCUCCGAGUGGACGACGAGUCGUUAGCGCGCUUCCACAAUAGAGUGCGGCAAAUCCUGAUGGCUUCGGGGUCCACCACCUUCACCAAGAUCGUCAACAAGUGGAACACGGCGCUUAUUGGUCUGAUGACAUACUUCCGCGAAGCAGUGGUAAACACACAAGAGCUCCUAGACUUGCUAGUCAAGUGCGAGAACAAAAUCCAGACGCGUAUCAAGAUCGGUCUGAACUCCAAAAUGCCCUCCCGUUUCCCGCCCGUCGUGUUCUACACGCCGAAAGAGUUGGGCGGGCUCGGCAUGUUGUCUAUGGGCCACGUUUUGAUUCCACAGUCCGACCUCCGCUGGUCGAAGCAAACGGACGUGGGCAUCACGCACUUCCGGUCCGGAAUGUCGCACGACGAGGAUCAACUGAUCCCGAACUUGUACCGCUACAUCCAGCCCUGGGAGGCAGAGUUCGUGGACUCGCAGCGGGUGUGGGCCGAGUAUGCGCUCAAAAGGCAGGAGGCUAAUGCUCAGAACAGGCGUCUAACGCUUGAAGAUCUAGAAGAUUCAUGGGAUAGAGGCAUUCCAAGGAUCAACACGCUUUUCCAGAAGGACAGACAUACACUUGCCUAUGACAAGGGAUGGCGUAUUCGUACAGAAUUCAAACAGUACCAGGUCCUGAAACAGAAUCCAUUCUGGUGGACACACCAGCGUCACGACGGCAAGCUGUGGAAUCUAAACAACUACCGUACCGACAUGAUCCAGGCUUUAGGAGGUGUCGAGGGAAUCUUAGAGCAUACUCUAUUCAAGGGUACCUACUUCCCCACAUGGGAGGGUCUGUUUUGGGAGAAGGCAUCAGGCUUCGAAGAGUCGAUGAAGUACAAGAAGCUGACCAACGCGCAGCGAUCCGGUUUGAACCAGAUCCCGAACAGAAGGUUUACACUGUGGUGGUCGCCUACCAUCAACAGGGCUAAUGUGUACGUCGGUUUCCAGGUACAACUGGAUCUGACUGGCAUAUUCAUGCACGGCAAGAUCCCAACAUUGAAGAUCUCCCUGAUCCAAAUCUUCAGGGCUCACUUGUGGCAGAAGGUGCAUGAGUCCAUUGUCAUGGACUUGUGUCAAGUAUUCGAUCAAGAGCUAGACGCGUUGGAGAUCGAAACAGUACAGAAGGAGACCAUUCACCCGCGUAAAUCCUACAAGAUGAACUCAUCGUGUGCUGACAUUCUGCUGUUCUCUGCCUACAAGUGGAAUGUGUCAAGACCUUCACUCCUUGCUGACACCAAGGACACGAUGGACAACACGACGACGCAGAAGUACUGGCUGGACAUCCAGCUGCGCUGGGGCGACUACGACUCGCACGACGUGGAGCGCUACGCCCGGGCCAAGUUCCUGGACUACACCACCGACAACAUGUCCAUCUACCCCUCGCCUACUGGCCUGCUCAUCGCCAUAGACCUCGCUUACAACUUGCACAGCGCAUACGGCAACUGGUUCCCUGGCUGCAAGCCACUCAUCCAGCAAGCGAUGGCCAAGAUCAUGAAGGCCAACCCCGCAUUGUACGUGCUCAGAGAGAGAAUCCGCAAAGCGCUCCAGCUCUACUCUUCUGAGCCCACGGAACCAUACCUUUCCAGUCAGAAUUACGGAGAGCUGUUCUCUAACCAGAUCAUUUGGUUCGUGGACGACACAAACGUGUACCGAGUAACAAUCCACAAGACGUUCGAAGGCAACUUGACUACGAAGCCUAUAAACGGCGCCAUCUUUAUUUUCAACCCGCGCACCGGACAACUGUUCUUGAAGAUCAUCCACACCAGUGUGUGGGCCGGACAGAAACGUCUUGGACAGCUCGCUAAAUGGAAGACUGCUGAAGAAGUAGCCGCGCUAAUUCGAUCAUUGCCGGUUGAGGAGCAGCCCAAACAAAUUAUCGUCACCAGAAAGGGAAUGUUGGACCCGCUCGAGGUGCAUUUGCUGGACUUCCCGAACAUUGUUAUCAAGGGUUCGGAGCUGCAACUGCCAUUCCAGGCGUGCCUCAAGGUGGAGAAGUUCGGAGACCUCAUCCUCAAGGCCACGGAGCCACAGAUGGUGCUCUUCAACCUGUACGACGACUGGCUCAAGACUAUUUCUUCCUACACUGCCUUCAGUCGUCUUAUCCUAAUCCUUCGCGCGCUCCACGUGAACACGGAGCGCACUAAGGUCCUUCUCAAACCAGACAAGACUACUUUGACCGAGCCUCACCAUAUCUGGCCGACUUUAUCUGAUGAUGACUGGAUCAAGGUCGAGGUGCAGCUGAAAGACCUCAUUUUGGCGGAUUAUGGCAAGAAGAACAACGUGAACGUAGCUUCACUCACACAAUCGGAAAUCCGUGACAUCAUCCUUGGUAUGGAAAUCUCGGCGCCGUCAGCGCAAAGACAACAGAUUGCAGAGAUUGAGAAGCAGAGCAAGGAACAGAGUCAGCUCACAGCUACCACAACCAGAACCGUCAACAAACACGGCGACGAGAUCAUCACUUCUACCACCAGCAAUUAUGAGUCGCAGACUUUCAGUUCUAAGACCGAAUGGCGCGUGCGAGCUAUCUCUGCCACGAAUCUACAUUUGCGUACGAAUCAUAUCUACGUCAGCUCUGAUGACAUCAAGGAGAGCGGUUACACCUACAUUCUGCCAAAGAACUUGCUCAAGAAAUUCGUCACCAUUUCAGAUUUGAGAGCGCAGAUCGCGUGCUACCUGUACGGGUCGUCGCCGCCGGACAACCCGAUGGUGCGCGAGGUGCAGUGCGCGGUGGUGCCCCCGCAGUGGGGCACGCACCAGCAGGUGCACCUGCCGCGCCAGCUGCCGCGCCAUCCCGCGCUGCAGCACCUGCAGCCGCUCGGCUGGAUGCACACGCAGCCCAACGAGCUGCCACAACUCUCCCCGCAGGAUAUAACAACUCAUGCCAAGAUAAUGGCUGAAAACCCGAACUGGGACGGUGAAAAAACAAUAAUUAUCACAUGCUCCUUCACCCCUGGGUCCUGUUCGCUCACUGCGUACAAACUCACCCCUAGUGGAUACGAAUGGGGCUCAAGGAACACAGACAGGGGUAACAACCCUAAAGGAUAUCUCCCCAGUCACUAUGAAAGGGUUCAGAUGCUGUUGUCGGAUAGAUUCUUGGGUUACUUCAUGGUUCCGUCGCAGGGAAGUUGGAAUUAUAACUUCAUGGGUGUCCGUCACGACCCUAAUAUGAAAUACGGCGUGCAAUUGGGCAACCCGCGCGAGUUCUACCACGAAGUGCACCGUCCCGCACAUUUCAUGAACUUCGCCGCGAUGGAGGACGCCUCGGCCCCGACCUUAGCAGCGGACAGAGAAGACUUAUACGCGUAGGCUCGUAGUCAAUAAGAAUAUUUUGUGGUUUAUUUGUUAUGUUCAAAGAGAGACUUUGUAUAUAAUAAUAAGAAUAAAUUUCAUAAAAUUUA